GUCUCCCCAGGUCCCCUUCAUUUUCCCUCCCCGCGUCUUGAAGCUGACUGCCCUUUAGCUUCAAUCACAUUUAGUUACACAAAUGCAAACGAACCUUAGUGCAUCUAUAAAUGAUUAUUCAGGGACCCGUGCUGGAGCUGGAGGCAGUACAACAAGUGAAGCAGCUUAUGGCUAUCUUGGAGACGAUGGGGAGGCUGGUGUUGCUAUGCUUUGUGGAGAUGAAGAAAAUGUUUCCAAAAAUUUCCAAGUUGAUAAUUCGGAGCUGAAAUUCUCCAAGGAGAAGGCAGUUACCCUUACCAUUCUGCUCAAAGCCAAGAGUAUGGGUGCCACAGGAGGUGCAACCUGUUCACAGCCUUACUUUCCAUUAGGAGCAUGCUCAGGGGCAACAGGGCCAAAGUCCACUCCAUGCCCACCUCCAGUACCUGACUGAAG